GACAGCAGUGAUGACAUUGAAGAUGUGUCACUCUUUGAUGCAGAUGAUGAUGCGUCCAGGAGAUCAAAAAAGUCAAAAAUAAGGCAUCCCGUGGCAUCCUUCUUCCACUUGUUCUUCCGAGUCACUGCGAUAGUUGUCUAUCUGCUUUGUGAGCUCCUAACUAGCAGCUUUAUUGCAUGCAUGGUGACAAUCAUCCUCCUCCUGUCGUCCGACUUUUGGGUUGUAAAAAAUGUCACGGGGCGACUGAUGGUUGGCCUUCGCUGGUGGAACCAGGUGGAUGACGACGGCAGAAGUCACUGGGUAUUUGAAGCCAGGAAGGCAUCAACCCAAGGGAAUAAAACCUCGUCAGAGGCAGAGUCCCGAAUUUUCUGGUUAGGUCUGAUUACCUGCCCUGUGAUCUGGGUGAUCUUUGCUUUCAGCGCGCUCUUUUCUUUCAAAGUGAAGUGGCUGGGGAUGGUGGUGAUGGGAGUGGUGCUUCAGGGAGCCAACCUUUAUGGGUACAUCAGGUGUAAAGUUGGCAGCAGAAAGAACUUGACGAGCAUGGCCACCAGCUACCUGGGGAAGCAGUUCUUGCGGCAGACUGUGGCUAAAGAGGGCCAAACAGCAUCCUGA